AUCGUACGCCCAUACGUACCUUACACCGUCUUUCCAUGCGCCAUAUCCCUCACACAACACACACCUCGACCGCAAACCCCCAUCGACUUACCGACCUCCUCUCUCUCCUAGACUCAUCCCAUGGAAUUUAGAAAUCCAAACAUAUCUUUGAUCGAGAUUUCAAUCUCUUCGAUUCAAUCUUAAGAAACCCUUAUCAAUCAAUCAUCUGGGCACUUGGUUAUUUACUCCAAGGUAUAUCGUCUGUAGAGGUCGGAGGAUCUUUGUGCAUGGAAGAAGAUGCCGGAUUUGAGACGUGGAGUUCGCCAAGCUAAGAAAGCUAAUAAUGUUGAGGAUAAUGCCGCUCUUUUAGCCCCAACUCCUCGUCGUGGGACCCGGCGUGGCAAAGCUCAGGCAUUGAAAUCACCUGCCGCCGGUCCGGCUGUCCCAGGGUAUCCCUAUCCAAUGCCGAGACCAGCUGGCAGAGGACGAGGGAGUCGACCAACAGAUCAAGAUAAAAAUCCUGAGAUAUUUGGUGCUGGAGUUGGUCGUGCGCCCUUGAAUUUGGAUGUUGGAGUUUGUAAUCCAUUAGUUGUUGGUAAAAGUGCGGAAAAAUUGGCUGCCGAUGCAGAGGAUGAAGGAAGCACGAGCCCACUUCCUGAAAGGGUUCAAGUUGGAAAUUCCCCUUCAUACAAGUUGGAAAGAAAACUCGGCAAAGGAGGAUUUGGUCAAGUUUACGUAGGGAGAAGGGUGACUGGUGGCUCAGGAAACACAGGCCCCGAUGCACUUGAGGUUGCUUUAAAGUUGGAGCAUCGAAAUGGCAAGGGAUGUAGUUAUGGUCCUCCUUAUGAGUGGCAAGUAUACAGUACCCUCAAUGGGUGUUACGGAGUUCCGAUGGUCCAUCACAAAGGCCGUCAAGGAGACUAUUAUAUCCUUGUUAUGGACAAACUAGGACCGAGUUUAUGGGAUGUUUGGAACUCUAGCAACCAAAUUCUCUCUGAAGAAAUGGUUGCCUGUAUAGCAGUGGAAGCGUUAUCGAUACUAGAGCAGCUUCACUUAAGAGGUUUUGUUCAUGGAGAUGUAAAGCCUGAAAACUUUUUGCUCGGUCAGCCUGGGACACCUAAUGAGAAGAAGUUGUAUUUGGUUGAUCUUGGUUUAGCUUCAAAAUGGAGGGACACAUCUUCCGGUAAUCAUGUUGAUUAUGACCAAAAGCCUGACGUUUUCAGGGGCACAGUACGUUAUGCAAGCGUGCAUGCCCAUUUAGGGAGGACGGGAAGCAGAAGGGAUGACCUUGAGUCUUUGGCAUAUACCUUAAUAUUUCUCCUCAGAGGAAAGCUUCCAUGGCAAGGGUUCAUUGGAGAAAACAAAGGGUUUCUUGUUUGCAAAAAGAAGAUGGCAACUUCUCCCGAUUUACUUUGCUAUCUUUGCCCAUCCCCUUUUAAACAAUUCCUUGAAACGGUGACCAACAUGAAAUUCGAUGAAGAACCAAACUACUUGAAGCUUAUUGGACUCUUUGAAAACUGCCUAGUUUCAAGUGCAUCUUUGCGGCCAGUCAGAAUAGAUGGUGCCUUAAAGGUGGGACAAAAGAGAGGAAGGCUGCUUAUUGAUUUGGAAGAUGAUGCUCAGCCUAGGAAGAAAAUUCGGCUAGGAACUCCCGCCACCCAAUGGAUUUCUAUUUACACUUCAAGAACGCCAAUGAAACAAAGGUACUACUACAAUGUAAUGGAUUCAAGACUCCACCAGCAUGUAGAAAAAGGGAAGAACGAUGGUUUAAAUAUUAGUUGUGUUGCUUCUGCAUCGAAUUUGUGGGCUAUAGUCAUGGAUGCCGGCACAGGCUUCACUUCACAAGUCUACGAGCUGUCCCCAGUUUUCUUGCACAAGGAAUGGAUUAUGGAGCAAUGGGAGAAGAAUUAUUACAUCACAUCACUCGCUGGUGCGUCUAACGGCAGUGCCUUGGUUGUAAUGUCCAAGGGGACGCCAUACUCACAACAAUCAUAUAAAGUGAGCGAUGUUUUCCCCUUCAAGUGGAUCAACAAAAAAUGGAAAGAAGGCUUUUUGGUAACCUCAAUGACGACUGCAGGUAGUCGAUGGGGCAUUGUGAUGUCUCGAGAUGCACCUUACUCUAAUCAGGUGGUUGAACUCGAUUUUCUGUAUCCUAGUGAAGGGAUUCACAGAAGAUGGGAAAACGGCUACCGGAUUACGGCUGCUGCGGCAACUGAAGAUCAAGCGGCUUUCAUACUCAGUACAUCUAAAAAGAGAUCACAAGAUGUGACUCAAGAAACUCUUCGGACAUCUGCUUUUCCUAGUACCCAUGUCAAGGAGAAAUGGUCCAAGAAUCUGUACAUAGCAUCUAUCUGUUAUGGAAGAACAGUAUCUUGAAAUUCUCAAGAAAUAAACUUCUAUCGGGUGGGCAUGCAAUGCAAUGAAAUGAAAUGAAAUGAAAAGGAUGAGCUGCUUUUGUUACGGAAGCGUAUUUAACUUUAUGUACAGAAUCUAGUCGGGCUGCCCUAACCGAGCGACGGGUGGAUCUAUCUCUAUGUUUGUUGUCGGAGCCAAAUGGUGUAUAGUCAAGAAUCUGACCUGAUCGAUACAUGAAAUACCUCAACAACUGCAGCUCCUUUGUUUGUAAGAGUUGUUGACACUGAAUGAAUGUAACAGCUGCAGAAUUUUUAUUAUUUCUUCUUUUUUAUUAUUAUUAUUACUCUAAAACAUAUCCUUAAGUUGUGUGAUGAUGAUUCUUUUUAAAUGCUACUUAAAAACAAAAAAGCCCCCACAGUUUUUUUA